CCAGAUCCGAAACAACAAUUUGUAAAUCACACAAAGAGUUGCUCCAUGCGGUAAUCGAACCCGCGACACGUUGUACCGCAACUGGUUGUCCAGCCAACCGACUAUUCUCAGUACGUGUUACAAUUUUUAUCACGCUUAAUUAGUACGAAAAAAGAUGUACAAAAUAAUAAAUGUUUAAUCAACCUUAGCCGUUUUGCAAAUAUGAAAUGGAAAAACACAUGGUAUAUGAUGUUUAGUUCAGUCAGUCGGCAACUAUAUAUAGGCUCAGUGGACAUCUCUGUUCAUCCACCAGUAGUGUCGCAGUCGUUGGUACCACCGCUACAGCCAUGAUCCGAACAGUUGCUCUUCUUUGCCUUCUGGCACCUGCCUUCAUUGAUGCUUUCGAAGUUGGCUUCAGAAGAAGGUUCGGUUUGAACCCCUUCGACAAUGUAUUCAUGGACUGUCCGCGCACUAAUGCCUCUGCCGCCAAGAAGAGCUGGGUGAACGUGGAGAGACCCUACAGUGCUGAGGGAUAUGAAGCCCUGCAGCUGUGGUGCCCCGCAGACGACUACGUGUUCUGUAUUCUUACUGACGAAACUGGUAACACUGCUGGUGUUCAAGUCUCGGUCCGCGUUGACACAUUUACUCCGGUGUAUGACAUGGAAGAUCUUGGUUUCCAAAACUGGUCAGCCGACGUUGAUGGAGAGACCAUUGAAUACUACACCAAGGCUCAAUACUUCGUGUCUGCAGAUGCGGCCACUCGUGUUGCUUACGCAAACCCUGAAAAGUCACUCAUCAGAAAUGACUACGUAACAGUAGAAGGCUUCAAAGACCAGCUGGUGAAUAUAGCCAAGUAUGCCAGUGACCUCGACAGCGUUUUCACUAAGCAAGCCUGCAUUAUCUGGAUGGGUCUUCACUACUACUACAACAUGACCACAGAACUGGAAUGCACUUCCACCACCAUGUUCACCUGGUUCCCCUUAUACGAUGGCGGCGAACUUACCGGCAUGGGAUUCAUGGUGCCUGGCAAAGUUGACUUGCCUAAAGGAGGCUUCGACCAUUAUGAACACCCUGAUAAGGCAGCGGUUAAGUUGAUCGUGAAAUCGGGCCCUAAGUGCAUGUAUGAUGAUGUCGACAAAAACGGCGUCACUACUAUGCACAUAUACUUCACAGAGCAUCCCCGUAGAAUCACCUGUUGGUUUUAAAUACACUUUUUUUUCGAUCGAAUACGGACAAAAUUCUUGUGCUAAAUGUAAAAUGAUUUUAAAUUGUACCUGUAUUCCGCAAUGUUAAUAAAUUUUGUU